GUUCUUCUGAUAUCCUGGAUAGUGCCUCUGAGUUGGGAGAGGACAUGCGCGACGAUGAUCCACCAGCGCCGCCCCGACCUCGCUGCGUAUCGGUGGAGGACUUGGCGCCCCCUGACAAGGAGGUCAGGAGGGAGUACCUACUCACGACUCUGGGCCGACCACCAAGAGCUGUUUCGGCCUCCAUUGCUGCCUGGGGACGCUUGGAGCACGAGAUGCAGGCCGCGGACAUCCUGGAACGCGCAGCUGCGCACAUGGCAGCCGAGCACGCCGCCAGGCUUCGAGACCAGUUCCGCUGGCUGCAAAGCAGGCUGGGAAGACUCCCGGCGCUUAACGACAGAGCUUGGAUCCUCCGCACAGGCAGCGAGUUCUGCCCGGGCUACCACACUCUGCGACAGCGUUUUCAACCGGAACUGGUUCCAGUGCUGCAGGAAGGAUUGGACAUGGCCGAAGUUAUGGUCAACAUGGCGGCUACAAUGCGCUACCAUGACUUCCUCACGGCCCUUCUGCCCUGGCUGUCCCCAGCUGCGCAACUUCAGUUUCAAGAUUGGUUCCAGACCUAUGAGAGGACGCAGUUCAUGGCUUUACCGCAAGCCAGCGAGCCGCCACACACUGCUGACGACGAGGCCUUGGACUGCGUUGCAGCCACCACAGGCGCUGUGGCGACGCCCGUCCAUGCUGGCGUGCCGCACCAGCAGCACACCAUUCGCCGGAUACCCGACAAGCCCAUUUCCCUGGCGACCCGAGCCAAGCUACGCUCCAUGGCUCUUUCAGAAGGUCAUCAGGACGACCAGCUGCUGCAGGCGCAGGCGGAGUUUGCUCAGUUUGGGGCCUACAUGAAGGCCGGCCUGCCACAACCGGGAUCGACCGCAGCACCGUCCACGGCACCGAGGGACACGGACAGGAAGGAUAUGGAUGUGGACAAGGACCGCCGCCGACAGCACCGGGAGGAGGAGGAUCGUGGAUCACCGCAGCCGAAGUAUGCCAAGGCGGAGACGAAAGGAGCGGAGAAGCCCGGAGAACCUCCCAGUGGCAAGGGAGGCCAGAUCCAGCCUCAGAAGGAGGACAACGAGGUCGGGACCAAAACGCCGGGGACGGGCUCGGGCCAACAACGGGACGACCAGGACCGACGACAGCUGCUCUCGAGGGCGGGACCGCGGGGAGGCCUCGGAGAAGGGGAGGACGGAGCGCAACCAGCGCUGGAAUCCGCCGCAGGACCGCGGCUGGAACAAGCAGCAUGGCUACCGAGCUUGGCCCACCCGCCGUGGGGAGCAAGAGGAUCUGAAGGAAGUGGUGAAGGAAGGCCAUGGGCAGGCUUUCCCUGA